AUGAUCAUCAUCGUCGGGGGCUCACUGUUAGCGGCCGCUGCCGCCGGCGCGACCAUCGUCGUGGGUUCACUAUUAGCGGCCGCCACGGCGACGAUCACCGUCGCGGGCUCAUUAUUAGCGACCGCCGCCGGGGUUACCGUCGUGGGCUCGGUAUUAGCGACCGCCGCCACAGGGACCAUCGGCGGGAUCAUCGUCGUGGGCUCACUAUUGGCGACCGCCGCCGCCGCCGCAAUCACCGUCGUGGGCUCACUGUUAGCGAGCGUCGCCGGCAUCACCGUCAUAAGCUCACUAUUAGCGACUGGCGCCGCGGCGAUCACCAUCGUGGGCUCACUGUUAGCGACCGCCACCGCCACCGCGAUCGCCGUCGUGUACUCACUAAUUUCGAGCGGCGCCGCCGCCAGGACCUUUUUCGUGGUCGUUGAAUUGAUGAAGAGCAUACAACACGCCUAUAGCAGCGCAGGGAGGCAGAAGCGCAACGGGCACAAUUUGAGGAAGAGCAGAGGCGGGUACAGGAGGCUUAGAAAAGGGCUGAAGCAGAAGCGCGAGCGGCCAUGGAGAGGGCAGAAGAGACGUGCGCACAAGGAGACUCAGAACGCGGUGACCGUGCUUCCCGACUAG